UUUAAUAUUUCUGGCACGGGCAAAUGCUUCGAAAACAACUUUAAGAUGUCUAGAACAGUGGUGUAAACACGGCGAAGGUCCGCGACAACAUGGAAGGGAACCAACUUUUCGAAAUACGUUGUCCGAAGCGCAAAACAAACAAACAAAGACGUUCGAAACUUUUAUUACCGUCGGAGCAAAACUGCAAUUCCUUUCACGUCGUCAUGAGGUUCCCUAUAAAGGUCGCCCAAAUGUUCAGUUUUUUGCCCAUAGGUGGGAUCGACGGCCCUACCUCCAAAUCAAUCCGGUUCCGAUGGAUCUCCUGGAAAAUGGGAUACGCUUUUGUGACGUUCGUUCUGUUCGUUAUUAACAUUGGCGUCCUCUUUUACAUCAUCCUGGUUCGAGGCUUGAAUAUGUUACGGCUGUCGUACUUGAUUUUCCACGCCGAGGCUUUAAUAUUGACGGUAUUGUAUGGUAAACUGGCUAAAGAAUGGCCGGAUUUUGUCCGCGAAUGGGACCGAGUUGAGGUCAGCAUGAAGCACUACGAACUUCCGCAAAACUUGCGGAAAACACUCAAGGUUGUCACGUCGUUGUUUUUAUCGGUUGCUUUUGUCGAACACAAUAUGUUGACUUAUAACAAAUUGGCGAUUUCAUUUGGACCCGGUGUAUCGGCGUACGAUGUUUUCAAAGAGUAUUUCACAUGUCGCAGCUACUGGGAUGUAUUCGCGUUCGUUGACUACUCCGUCUGGAUGGGUAUAAUUUUACAGAUAUUAAAUUGGCAGCGAACUUUUAUGUGGACUUACACUGACGUAUUCAUAAUAUUAAUGGGCAUUUGUAUAUCGUUGAAACUGAGGCAAAUAAAGAGACGAGCAAAGAAUUUAUCGCAAUUAAAGAUCGCGGAUAUACGACCAUGGAGAUCACUUAGAGAAGACUACGUGAAGCUGACCCGAUUAUUAAUAAUUACUAACGAAAAACUUUCUUAUAUUAUUAUCGUUUCAUAUUCGGCGAAUAUGUACUUCAUCUUAAUCCAGCUCUUUAGCAUAUUAUCCGAAGGUAUCCAAGGAUAUAACCUCAUUUAUCUGUGGAUUUCUUUUGGUCUUCUUAUUGCCCGUCUGACAUACGUAUGUUACUACGGGGGAACGCCAGCAAACGAAUGCUUGGAAAUUGUUAAAAUUUUAAACGCCGUGAAAGGUACUAACAUUGAAAUAAAUAGGUUUAUAACGCAUAUUUCCACGCACGAAAUGGUGCUAACAGGGAUGAACUUUUUCAAAAUAACGCAAAACUUGAUAUUAAAGAUUGCUACGGCUCUUGUGGGAUAUGAACUAGUAAUGAUUCAAAUGUACAUUCAUAGAACUUGAUAAGCCAACACAGUAUUGAAAUGUAUUUGUUAAAAAGAUUGGUAGGAAUAA